GAUGAAGAAUACCAAAGAUACUGACUGACUGCAUGUUUUUGAUGAUUCUGCUUGGUAGACGAUAUAAUGGCGCGCUCAUCUACUGUCGUGUAGCUGCUGAAAACAGCAAGAUUUCUUCAAGAAAACAGGAUCAUCCCAUCAUCAUUCAAAAUGUGGCCGAAGCUACUGGACAUGAGUAAAGACGAGUGCAAGAGAUUAUUAAGACGAACUGAACUUGAGGCAUACGCUGGGAUUGUCAGCGCGUUCCGUGCCCAGGGUGAUUUGACCAAAGACAAGAAAAAUAUUCUCAACGAACUAUCAACGACACUCAGUAUUUCUACAGAACGUCAUCGUGCUGAGGUCCGAAGAGCCGUCAACGAUGAAAAACUAUCCACAGUUGCGGAGAGAUUGAGCGGACCAAAUAACUCUGCAGAGUGGGCCAUUGAAGGACGUCGUCUGAUACCCCUGAUGCCGAGGCUUGUACCACAGACUGUGUUCUCAUUAACGGCUAACCAGGCAGCCAAUGCAGCAUUCAGCCAUAAUCUCACACUUCCUUUGCCCUCGGAAACGGCUAGAAAAGAAAUACCGAUUGGAAAUGAGAAUAGCAGUGUUGGAAUGAAACCUCAGCAUCAGCCUCCGAGCCCUUCGCCCAAUGUUGUAGUUUUACCCUGCGGCAUCUCCAUUCCAGUAAAAGGUGGCCCAGAUAUCGAAAUCGAUACUCCUCCAGUGAAGAGAUCUCGCUAUGACUCGUCUAGCGGACCACCAUCAAAGGAGCCACUGCCUUCGCCCCACAGCCAACAAACCUCGGCCCCAGUGAGUCUACUCGCCCCACCGAGUCCCAAAUCAUCGAGUGGACACAUCAUCACGACCAGUCGAUCACUGAGCUUACCGGCCACCAAGCAACAACACCUUGGAUUCAAUCCAAGCAAACAACACGUCGGUAUGAAUUUAGCGAAUAACAAGUCGCUCAUUGGGUUGAGUAUGGCGCCUGCUGGCAAACCUUCGCUGUCAUCAUCGAUGAGUAGUGUCGCUAAGACGGGAAUGAGUAGUGCACAGUCACCGGUUAAAUAUACAUACACCAAGGCCACUAGUGGGCAAUCAGCGAGUAGUAAUGCAGCUCAGAAAGUAAUCUUGGUGUCCAGCAGCUCGACAUCCUUCACCCCGUCCAUCCUUCAACGGUCACACAGUGUACCCUCAUCCAAGUCGCCCAUCAUCAAAUCAGGCACCAAGCAGUCUGUCAUACUGACCAGUAUGUCCGGUCAGUCCCUGUCUCGACAGCCCGACAUGAAACCCGGAGGCGCACAACAACCGAUCGUAACGCAACGAGGGCGACAACAGUCCGCCGCCAGCAGGUCAAACGUCAGACAGCACGCCCAGUUAUCCCAACAGCAGAUGGAGAGGAAAACGUGCCAGAUUUCCAGCAGUCGUCAAUUUCCUAGUAGCCCCGAGGUCAUGCCAGGGACAAUCCCAGUCAUCAGUACGGGGAGGAAAGCAUCAGGGAACAUUGGAGCGGUACCGUCCAUCAAAAGCACUGUCAUCACGGCAAGGACUACCACAUCAUUGAUAAGCUCACAGAUGGCAUCCUACGUAUCUACAAACAUGGCCGGGAAGCCUCGGGUGAGAGCUGUCGGCAAACAGAAACUGAUGAAGCAGAUGGCACAGCACCCCGAUGUGACGACCCAAAUGGGGCCCGGUAUGAACGCAAGCAAUAGGAAGCAACAAAUCAAAUCAGAGACAGGUGUGAAAAGUUUCAGUCAGUCUGUCAGUGUCACUGCUACUAGUAAACACCAGAGGUCAAUGGGUCAACCUACUGUUACCAUAGAAACGACCUCCAAGACGUCGAUGCCAUCCCCUGCUAUGAUGACCUCCAUGCCUGUGACUACAAUAGCAGGUAAUAAAGUAGUGAUUGGAACAAGUUCAGCCGGAGUUAUCUCUCAUCACAUGUCAUCGAUGUCUCCCGUAUCUAGGCCUAAGCCUGGAGGUAUCAUCAGCAUUGCUGGAACCAACAAACCAAAGACUGUCCAGAGCUUCAAAGCUGCCACAACUACAAAUGUUGGCCAAUCGUUGACGAGUGGUACACAGAAGAUGACUGGUAAGACAAGCGUUGUGAUGAUGCACAAAGCACACCCUCAACCAUCUCCAGCUCAACUCACAGAGUCAGCUAAAAACUCACCAGUGCACAAUAUCAUGACCAGCUCACUCUUGCAGCGACCCAGGAUCGCCAUGGUAACUGGCGUAACUUCAACAACAACUGCCUCUAAUUUGUCGGCCUCGAGUAUUCGCUUUCCAACAUUACAGAGUACCGAUGGUAAUAUUACCAUGACAACGACGGUGAAAUCACCAAAGCGAAUGAGAAGCCCGAUAACAAUAAGGACGAGCGGCAAUCAGCCCAAUCAGAGACGGCAAGUGGCAUCAAUAUCUCCAAACGCCUUGCAGAGCAGUAAACCUCCAGGCUCGUUGGAUGAGGUACCUAGCAAAGAAGAGUUUGCUGGAAGCGUCAAGCGAGGGCUCCAUCCCAAUAGUGAAUGGAUCGAUUACGAUGGAGCGCCACCUGACUCUGCCUCCUCAGCCAUUAAAGCGUUACUAGAGUUUAGAUCACACCCAGAUGUAAGCCGUCAGACGAUUGAUCUUACCCAAAUGGCAUCCUCCGCCUCAUCCCCAUCCAUCACCAGAAUCUCCUACUCCCCGUCUCCCUCUCCGUCUCAAUCCUCAAAUCCCGCUCCUUCAAGAAUCUCACAGACUUCACCUGUUAUGCCCAGAGUGUCUCAAUAUGAACUCUCCACUGCCGGAGGAGGAAUGCAGAUGGAAGGGGCGUCGCAGUUACUGUCCAACAUGCAGAGAAAACUCAAGAGAGCUUUAACUUCAGUUAAAUCAGGAAAGUCUGCCCCAUCUACGUCCUUUCUCCAAACAGCCACUAUGGAAGUUGAGAAGGCUCUUCAGGAACAAAAUAAAGCUCUUUUAGCGAAGCGAAUCGAGUCCCGCAGCCCACAACCUGGCGACAGAACCGUCAGUCCAGCAGGUCUCUCUGAUGUCACCAUCCAUAAAAAGGUCCAACAAGAACGAUCGGGGGACGGAGGGAAGGACAUGACAGUGGAGGAACAAGGUGUUGUGACUGAAAGGGUCAAUCUGUCGUCGGAGGAUGUAUCGUCGUUUGUUGAUCAGUUCGAACAGUUCCUUGAGAGUGAGGGUCUAGAAGAUGGAGCGGUCGGCGGCCGUAGUGGUAGGGGGAAGACUCCAAGUGACAGUCAGAAGCCAUCUGAAGCCACUGGCCCUCAGCAGGCUGCAGAUUCCGCUCAGGUUACAGCUGGAAAAGUUUUGGAAUUGUCAAGUGAGAAGCGAGAAGGUAUUCGUUUGUCGGAGAAAGCAGUUGCUGAGGUUGCCAUACCCCAACUUGGAGGACCGUCUUGGAGAAGUCAGACAACCUUUGAACCGAUCUCAUCCUCUGGUCAGAAGGCGGCUGCUAGCGUGGUGAUGGAAUCCGGGUCCGUCGAUAUCUCCCAGAUGAAGCUUGAAGACUUUACUAGUCAGAGACUCCAAGAUGAAGAGGACGAUGAGGAGAAACAACUAUUAACAAGUCCAGAUACCAGCCCCGUCAAAAUACAAGAUGGUGGUUACACGGUCACUACUGGUUCAGGAUCAGAGGAGCGGGGUACCAGUGACUCUCUUAACGUCAGGAUUAGUAGUCGUAAGCGGAAGGCACCAGCUCCGAUAGACGAUGAGCCCGGACCCACCAGCAUGUCCAGUUGGGCAAGAGCUGCUUUCAAUUUGCUUCAGCGUGUGAUGCGAUUCCGAGGUGCCAAUCGAUCCAAGGGGGACUUGAAUGCUGCCUCAUGGUUUACAAGACCAGUUGCAGCUGCUGAAGCGCCUGGUUAUAAUCGAGUUAUAAAGACUCCCAUGGAUUUUGGUACAGUCAAGAGGAAACUGGAGAGUGGCCAGUAUGAUGAUUUUUCGGGUUUCCAUGUCGACAUGAUGUUGGUUCAUAACAACUGCAUCCAGUACAAUCCUGUAGGACACGAGAUUCGCAAAGACUGCGAGGAAGUCUUUCAGUUUUAUGCGACAGAGUAUGCCAAACUUACAGAACGAAGAGAAAGGCCGUCACCGAAAAAGACCAAACCCGAGGAUCUUCUUUGCGACAAGGGCAGAACUCCCGCAAUAAGAUAUCUCCCAUUGUCAAAAUAAGUUUGGGAUAGGAUAAAAAGAGACAUUUUUAUGCAAGUCCUUCGUGAGUUUAAAAUCGUGAAAAGAUGAAGGAUUGUGACGAUUGGGGACGGUACAUCCAGAGAAAAAUAUCUGAAACAUUUUGGUGUGAAAAGGUAUAGGAGUGGAGGAUUGAGGUAACCCGUGGGCAGUGUGGCAAGGGUCGUAAAUGUAGUGCGUAAAUAAUUGUAAAGCUGUUUAUUUACGUCAGGGUUUUUGAUGUAAUUAUUAAAGACACCUACAUACCCUACGACUACGACAAACUUUUCAGUUAAAAUGUGUCACGGCCGAGCGGUUAAGAGCACCUGAUUCAAGCUCUAGUGUUUGAUCAGCAGAGCGUACGUUCGAAUCCCGGUCGUGAC